UCUGUUUUUGGAGGAAGUUUGAAAACACUUAUCAAAUGUAGAUAAUAAGCUUUUAAACUUCCGUUUUUACACUUUUCCGUUUAAAACUGAAAAUGCUUGGAAGUAUUUUAAUUUUCAUAGAUAUAUUUCUUUAUUGCAAAGGUAUCAAUGUUUACUUAGCCGGGUAUCAUGCUAGAAAUUACGGCAGAGUGGAAAUAUAUACAAAUAAUAUGAGAGGGACAAUCUGUGACGAUAGCUGGGACAAUGCCGAUGCAAGAGUAGUUUGCAGACAGCUUGGUCUUCCGACGUCCUAUGCUACAGCCUUGAGUUCUGCCAAGUUGGGUCAAGGCUCUGGGCCAAUCUGGAUGGAUGAUGUAAAGUGUCGUGGAACAGAAAGCAAAAUUGAAUCCUGCAGCUUUCCAGGAUAUGGAAAACACAACUGUGGUCAUGGCGAAGAUGCUGCCGUUUUAUGCCAAGGGACUUAUAUUUCCAUAUAUUUCGGCGGUAACCAUGGAACAAACUUUGGAAGGGUUCAGAUAGUAACUGGAAGAAAUACGUCAAUCGGUACAGUGUGUGACGAUGAAUGGGACGAACAAGAUGCAGCUGUUGUUUGUCGACAACUUGGACAUCCUACGUUAAACGCGAGGCCAAUGUCAGGUGCAUACUUUGGUAUUGGAACGGGACUUAUAUGGCUGGACAAUGUUAACUGUAGAGGCACUGAAGCAAAUUUGUACUCGUGUUCUAAAAAUAGUUUGGGACAUCAUGACUGUGGACAUAAAGAGGACGCUGGUGUAAUAUGUGGAUAUGAUCUCAAAGUUCGCUUAAAAAAUAUAGAGGUCAUCGGAAACAACAACAGAGACGGGAUGAUUCAAAUUAAGUUUAAAGGCCAUUGGGUCAACGUCAGAUUUGGAGCACUUACUACAAAUGAACAAGCAGUUCUCUGUCGACAACUUGGAUUCAAAACUACAAAUACAUCAAGAAAUGUUUACAAAGUGAAAAAUGAGAGUGUGUUUUUCAAGAACGCACAAAUGGUAACGUCUGUCAAAUGUAACGGAAAUGAGACAAACGUUGGUCACUGUCAAUUCACUGUGACAGAUUCGGGUGUAGUUUAUAAUCCAUCAGGUUUCAAUGACGCUAAUACCGCAACAUACCUUGUUUGCGGAGAAACCGGAAUGGGUAAAUUGAAAUUCCUCAAUAGUUCCCAAACAGUUGACCAAGUUAUUGUCAAAAGCGGUGUUCCAGCAGAUCUUGUUUGUGUUGCCGGUCCAUCAAUACCAAGACAGGCCAUCAGAUGGAAUCUUAUUUCUGAAUCCAAUGUCACCGAAACCUAUCAGAUGAGUAAUAUAGGGAAAUUUUUGACAAUAUCUACAUUAACCUUUAUCCCUGAUGUCGGAAAACAUAAUGGUUCAACUAUAUCUUGUCAUCUUCAAUCUACAUAUGGUGCCCUCAGAUUUGUAUCGGAAAGUGUAAGAAUCUUCGUUGGAGUUGCUGUGACGGAAGUGUCCAUACACAAUAGCCGACAAAGUGUAUCGUUUGGAGAUACGAUAAAUUUGUCUUGUAUCACUUCGUUCAGUGACCCUGUUCCAACAGUUCAGUGGUUUAUCAAUAACAACCAUUCGAUGUCGUCUUCAAGGGAAACUGUGUUCACUGACAGACAGACAAAUCUCUCCCAGAUUGUUAGCGAACUGAAUUUUACUGUAAAUGAUACCUCGUCAACAUCUGUUGGUUUCCACUGUGAGGCUUUUAAUAUUCCUUCAGUGAACAGCGUGGAAUCUUCAGUGGUCGUCAUUUUAAUCACACCGUCCUCAGUAGAAAGUACAACUACAGAUAACUCAAUGGCAGAUAAUUCCACAUUACUAUCAACCGGAGACAUGUCUGAAGCAAGAGACAUACCAAUAUAUACAUACUUAACAAUCUCUCUUGGCUCAGCGGUCUUCUUCAUAUGUGUUGUUAUCAUAGUAGCCUUAGUCUUGAGGAUUAAAAGAAUACAGGCCGGAAAUCAGAGGCAAAAUAGUUCAGUGGACAAUGAUAAAAGACGGCGCUUGCCUCCACCUUUAGAUAAGACAUUCGAAGAAGAGACGUAUGAAAAUUCUGGUAUGUCAAUUGAAAAUAUAUCCGACAACCAAGAACGCUACGAAGUUCUGGAAUUUAGAGACGUUGAUGGAAAGAAAAACAGAGCAGGAAAAAGUGAAGAGGAACUUUAUGUGAAUACUGCUUUCAGAAAUUAACUGAUGCCUCUAUUGUAAAAUAUAUGUUAUUUUGAAGACAUUACGAACAACACUGAGGCUUGCUUUCUUCACUGAAAAAUCACAAGACACUUUCUGCAGAAGAAUGAGAAGUAUUCAAUAAAUGAAGGACAUUAUUGCUGUUACAUAUGUUUAUAUUAGAAUAUAUCUAUAUUAGAAUAUAUCUAUUAUAUAUAAUAAAGUUUCAAAACAUUCUGUUUAUCACAUAAUCAAUCUUUAUUCAGACACCAGUCCUUUGACGGGACGCCAUAUCAUUGUUAUUGUAUAAUAAUUAUUAUGAGCUGCGUACUCCCGUAGCGCUUUAUUGUUAAUAUUUUUGUAAUUUUGGUUAGGUAACUGAUUUUCGUUUGAAGAUUUGAGACAGAUGAUUAAAUGCAUCACUUGCGUAAUGAAAACUUGGUCCAUUGUAUAUAUAAAACUGAUAAUGUUGACAUUAAAUUCACUCUCAGAACUCUAGAAAUUGAUUUUGUAUUCUGAGUUUUAAUUUCGAAAUAGAUAAAUGGCAAGAUUCAAUUCCGAGACGUCCCAUUUUUAUAAACUUUGACACAGAUCCGUAUAUCCUUUUGCAUAUUUUAUAUCUCUUCUGUUUAAACAGGUAACAUGAUAUAAAAUUAAACAUUGUCUUUUGUCGCUUCUUCGUGGAAGAUACACAAGGGUCAGUCGAUAUAUAAUGUACACAUUGCUGUAAAUUCUUAACAAUCGUGGGCAAAUCAGAAGUUAAAUGCAGAAGUUAAACCUGCUCAUAAAUAGGUUAAAUAUGAACGUUUGCAUUCAAAUAGCCACACCCCUGAAAUAAUUCUCACUUUCGAAAAGAAAACAAAUUGAAUACAAAAUGUGAUACUUUUACAAACGACUGCGUCGCUUAGCAACGAAAACAAUACACGUAGUUUUGGGUGAUGUAUUAACUGAUUUUUUAAACAUAAUGCUACCAAACAAAUGUGCAAAUCAACAUGUCAUUUGAAGCUGCUGUUAUCAAAACUUAAUAAUACAAUUUUGGUCAUUUCUAAUACUUAGGUAGAUUUGACAAUAUCGCUACCACGGAUCUCCUUUCGUGUAUACAUGUGUUACACCAAACAGUCCAAACGAAAUAUUUGUGUAUGGAAUUUUAUCAUACUUGCUCCAUAAUGUUUGUUUGGCAGAGUCUAAUACUUUUUGUAUUAUGCUACGUGGAAACCAUAUGUAGACGACAAUGUUAGAAAUCAAAUCUCUGACAUUUUAUUUCUAGUGUAUUUUGUUGCUUUUGCUUUUAUAGAAACCACAAAGGAAAGGUAUUAGAAGACUACUACCUUUAUUCUUGACAAAAAAAAAAAAAAAAAAAAAAAAACAAAAAAAAAAAAAACGGAAAUAAACCCAAUACAUCGAAUCCUGAUCAUAAAGAUUUAUUUUGUACACUCAAUCUACAACUAUGAAUAUAUGUUUACUGAGCUAUAUGUUAUUGAAAGAAAUGUUCGAUAUGGGAUACCUUACAGUAAUAAAUCAUUAUCCAAUA